CUGGCCGUGUUUCUGGGUGGUGUUGGGUGGCUCAUUUCUUCCGAGGGGGGUAUACACAGUGUUAUUAUUCAAGAUGCAGUUCAUGCUUCUUUUCAGUCGGCAAGGCAAGCUUAGGCUUCAAAAAUGGUACGUGCCUUUGUCUGAUAAAGAGAAAAAGAAGAUCACCAGAGAGUUGGUGCAGACAGUCCUGGCACGGAAGCCUAAAAUGUGCAGCUUUCUGGAGUGGAGAGACCUUAAAAUUGUGUACAAGAGAUAUGCCAGCCUGUAUUUCUGCUGUGCCAUUGAGGACCAGGACAACGAGCUCAUCACGCUGGAGAUCAUCCACAGAUAUGUGGAGCUGUUGGAUAAAUACUUUGGCAGUGUUUGUGAACUGGACAUUAUUUUUAACUUUGAGAAGGCCUACUUCAUCCUGGAUGAAUUCCUGCUGGGUGGAGAAGCUCAAGAGACGUCUAAAAAGAAUGUGCUGAAGGCCAUCGAGCAGGCUGACCUGCUACAAGAGAAUAUAGACUUUCAGAUGCGCCUGUUUGCAGGAUGCCAAAGAAGCAGAGACCCCGCGCAGCGUGCUGGAGGAAAUCGGACUGACAUAAACACCAUCUUCAUCGCCAUCCACACUCCCCCAUCAGCCAGCUACUCUGCUAUAUGUAGCUGAUAACAGUUCACCUUUCAACACACACACACCAAUAUAAUUUCCCUGUGCAUCUGUGUAACACGACUCUGCCUUGUUUUCUACUGUUUUUAAAGACAAAUGAUGUAGCACUCUGUGUGUAUCUCCUGCUGAGUUAUUGAUUUGUUUCAGUGUGAUGACAUUAACUGUUUACCGAGACACAAAUCCAGCUUAAUUAAGCUUCAUGCUGCUUUCAAAUCCACACCAGGACGCUGUGCUGAGUGAAUUCCUGCUUGAUUUUUUAUUUAUUUUUGGACGCUGAUGCGAUCUCUUUAUUCAGUGUGAGGUGUUAGCAGUGUUCUGAAUUUAAAAUAUGUUAGUUAAACCCAAAGAAGUGGCUGUAAUACAAAGGCAAGUAUUACAUUAACAAAGCCAAAAAGUUUUGUUUUCUCUCAUAUCUGCAUUGUGAUAAUCCUGAACUCAGUAUAUCCUACAGCCAGUAUAUUUAUACUUUAAUAAAUGAGACUUAUUUGAAUGGGCCAACCCACUUUGAUUUCAUGCGAGCCACACUAGUAUGCCCACGGCUCCUUUGUGCUCGAAUUAAACUAAAACCUUCACCACCAGGGGCAGCAGUUUCAGAUGUGUGCCGCUGAUUCGUUAACCUUAAAUAUUUCUUUGGCCUGUACUGGACCCCCGGCCGCAUGUUUGACACCCCUGCUUUUUUGCAUCUUAAACUGAAAUUACUGUGAAAUAAUUUGAAAACAGAAAAUAUGUGAAAUUAAGAAUUUUCUCUCAGUUUACCAGCAACCCUCGCUCCUAUAUUUGGUUUCUAAAUGAUGUU